UGCCUGGCCCUGCUGCAGGGAAUCUAUAUAAGUGCUGGCAGGGCCGGGGAAGAGACCUCGCUGCUGCUACUUGCCCAUCAGCCGGAGGAAAAUGUUCCGUCUCUUCAAUCAAACCAGGCGCUGUUUGCAAGCGAAGCGAGCACUGCAGAGGCAGGAGUGGCCUCUUCGGCCAGCACACCUCACAGCUGCCGCACAGCCGGCCAGUUUCUCCACUGCUUCUGUGGAGCACUUGUCUCGGUCGGACUCAUGGCCGAAGGACGUGGGGAUUCUCGCGCUGGAGGUUUAUUUCCCUUCGCAGUACGUAGAACAAGUGGAGCUGGAGAAGUAUGAUGGCGUGGAAGCCGGGAAGUACACCCUGGGCCUGGGCCAGAAGCAGAUGGGCUUCUGCUCGGCCCAUGAGGACAUUAACUCCCUAUGCCUGACCGUGGUGCAGCGCCUUGUGGAACGCAGCCGCCUCUCCUGGGACUCCAUUGGACGGCUGGAGGUAGGCACAGAGACCAUCAUUGACAAGUCCAAGGCCGUCAAGACUGUCCUAAUGCAGCUCUUCCAGGACUCGGGGAACACGGACAUUGAAGGCAUCGACACCACAAAUGCCUGCUAUGGAGGCACAGCCUCCCUCUUCAACUCUGCUGACUGGGUGGAGUCCAGCUCCUGGGACGGUCGCUAUGCAGUGGUGGUCUGUGGUGACAUUGCAGUCUAUGCCACUGGCAAUGCCCGUCCCACGGGAGGGGCAGGAGCUGUAGCGAUGCUGGUUGGACCAGAGGCCCCUCUGGUGCUAGAGAGAGGUGUUCGGGGAACCCACAUGGAACAUGUAUAUGAUUUCUACAAACCAGACCUGGCUUCAGAGUAUCCCAUGGUGGAUGGGAAACUCUCUAUCCAGUGCUAUUUCCGGGCCCUGGAUCAAUGCUAUUCUGUCUACCGCAAGAAAAUCCAGAGCCAAUGGCAGAAAGUGGGGGUGGACAAACCUUUUACCCUGGAAGACUUCCAGUUCAUGAUCUUCCACACGCCCUUCUGCAAACUGGUGCAGAAGUCUGUGGGGCGAAUGAUGCUCAACGACUUCCUAGCAGCUCCUAACCCUGACACGCAGAGCGGCCUCUACAAAGGGCUGCAGGCCUUCAGGGGCGUGAAGCUGGAAGACACCUACUCCGACAAGGAUGUGGAGAAGGCCUUUCAGAAAGCUAGCUUGGAAAUGUUCAGCCAGAAAACCAAGCCCUCACUGCUCCUCUCUUCUCGCAACGGCAACAUGUACACCCCGUCCAUGUAUGGCUGCCUUGCCUCCCUCCUCGCACAAUACUCUGCUCAGCAGCUGGCUGGCUCCAGGAUCGGGGCCUUCUCCUAUGGCUCAGGAUUGGCUGCAAGCUUGUUUUCCAUGUGCGUCUCGCAGGAUGCUGCCCCGGGUUCCCCCCUGGAUAAGCUGGUCUCCAGCCUCUCUGACCUGCAGACUCGCCUGGAUGCCCGGAAGCAGGUCCCCCCAGAGGAGUUUGCAGAGAUCAUGAAGCAGAGAGAGGAAAGCCAUCACCUGGUGAGCCACACUCCCCAGGGCUCUAAGGACUACCUGUUCCCUGGCACCUGGUACCUGGAGCGAGUUGAUGACAAACACCGCCGGCAGUAUGCCAGGAGGCCACUCUAGGGGGGACAGGCUGCCAGACCUGCCCAGCCUUGUCAGAGCAGAUCCCAAGGCAAUGGCCAAAUCACCAAUACAGAGCCCACAGGCUCCCACCGCACCAACUGCAAAUACCCUGGCUCCAUUAUCGCAAACGGAAAGACUGGUUGCUUUUCCCAGGGACUGCAUACCCAGCUGAAUGCAGCCCUGCGUGCCUGGCUGAAAGCUUCACACCAUUCGGCCAUGUCAGUGUCUGGUUUAGGAUGUUCUCUGAUGCCAGGCGCUCAUUCUGUCCCUCCCGUUUGGCACCCCUUUGCUGGAGGAGUACAUUUCUGCAGUGGCAGGGUGAUAACCUGGGUAUGUGCGGCUCGCCCCCCCCUCCCCCCGUCCUUUGGCCAGCUCCAAUAGACUCAAUGGGAGCAAACCACAGGGUGCUAUUGAAAAGAAAGAAAUUCCAUAAGCCUUCAGAGCAAUGCUGGUCUAGGUUGAACAGAGCCAGAGCCUGUCCACAGGUUUUGUUUGAAAUUCUCCUCUAGGAUGGUUUAAAAUUCAAUAGAUUUUUUGUCCUCUUCCUUUCUUCAGAGCUUUCCCGUAGUGGCCCUUAACUCCUCCAUCCAGAGGUGGUGCUAGCUGUCCUUUGGCCUAUGAAGAAUGGCUCAGACGAUGUCACUUUGCAUAGUGCUGUACUACUUUGUAUUCCAUAUGCUUUUAUAUUGUAUACAGAAAUAAAGCCAUUAUGAAUAGCG